AUACUAAUAAUAAUUAUUUUAAAACAAUGCAUUAUUCAGUUUAAUUACAAUUUAGACGGGUUUUGUGAUUAACAAAAAAUAAAUGAUACAUACAAUCAUGUGGUUUCCUAUUUGCAACAGAUAAGACGGUCCUCCACAGUUGAUAUUCAUUUGCUCCCAAAGCAUUCAUCUAGCUUCAUCUAAGUUUUAUUUAUAUAGUUCAUUUUAAAUAUAUUUGUUUAUAUAUCUAUUUAUUUAUAAUAUUUGAUGAGGCACUCAGGAUAUAAAAUUCAAUAAUUUUUAUUAGUGGACGUAUAUUUGUUUUAGCUUAUUUGUGUUUGAACUGUACUGAGAUAAAGUAUUUUUAAUGGCUUUAAACAAAGUGUUACUUUUAAAUGAAGUGCAGUUGUUAAAAUUAAUACAAGAUAAUGGCUAUGAAGAUGUCGCCAAGAUUUUAGAAAACAGACACAUUGACGGACAGAAAUUUUUAGAUCUAUCUGAAUUUCAAACAUUUACCUGGAAAUUACCACCAGCACAGCUGAAAAACCUCUUUAAUUUUAUAAAAAGAGUUAAGGACGAUCCUUCUGUAAUAUUAAAACAAAGACCAGCUACAAACACAAAUACAGCUAACAGAUCAAAACCAAAUUUACCCACAAAACCUAAACCAGAGUCAUUUAAACCUAAACCAUCAUUUACUCAAACAUCAUCGCAAGACAAGGCAGCGAUAAAAAAGAUUAGUCUGAGUAAUUCCGCAGACCAAAAUGAAUUUAAACAAAAACUGGAUGUCAAAUUGGAUGGCAAUAAUUCUCCGAAAAUAACACCUGCUCCGAAAGACACUAGCAAACUUAGUUUUCCUAAGCCUUUACCAAUUGAAAUUACCAAACUUAAAGCUUUACCACCAGAACCUGAUUCAGACGACGAAUCAAAUCAGUUGAAAGCGAAACCCAAAGCAUUUUUACCAGAACCACUGAAGAAAUCGAAUUCAUCGUUAAUAAUAAAAAAUAAAAUAAAGAAACCGACACCAGUUAUUAACAAACGGCGGCCUAGUAGUCCAGAAUUGACAUAUGAAGAUAUAGACAAACUAAAAGACAAACUGGAUGAAGAUUACUUGUCUCCAAAUGAAUUUGAUGAAAAGCAUUUGGCUCAUAACGAUAUUGGGCCUGAAAAUACUUACGAACCUCCUCCAAGCAUAAAAAAUCGUUUAAAGGUUCUUCAAAAUAACCGUAAAAGUUCCACAGAAAUAUCAAAACCGUACUUAAAAGAAGACAUGGUUUUUUCAGUAGUAAAUAGGGGACCUUUACCAAUACCAAAGGAAACAAAUCAAAGUGAUGAAGAGAUAAAUGAUUACGAACCAAUACCAGAGGAGAAACUUAAGAACUUGAGAAAUAAUAUUAAAACAAUUGGAGGUUUCUUGAAUUUCCAAAUGGAAGAAACUGAAGAAAAUAUUGCCAGAUCAAUUGCUGAAGCAAAAACACAAAGAAGUAAAAAAUUAACAGUGGAAGAUCUUACCAACGUAAUUAUAGUCGAAAAAGAAGAAUGCAGACGACCCAGCAAUUUUUUGGGCAAAAUAAACAGCUUUUUUGCAGCAAAAUCUAAAUCAACAAAGCAGGUUGAUUUGUUUAAAAAUUCUUCAAAUUACGAAAACCACAUGUUACAAAGUGAAAUGCCUACACUCGAAAUCCCAGAUUUUAAUUCAUAUAAAAAUCGGCCAUUGCCUGAAAUCCCUGUCAGCCUAUCUACAAGUUCUUCUUCUCUGAGAAGACCUGAAAAGAUAUCAACCAAAAAUAAAAAGCCACAGCCAAAUACUGGAGGUAGUUUACCCAGAAAAAGAAUUAGUGUAGAUUUACCAAGACUAGCAGAACCCCAUGUGGAAGUGACAAAGAAAAUUACUAAGCCAGACAAUAGAAGUCGUCUUGAUACUGUUGAAACCCAAAAAGAAAAAACCAGAACUAGUGACAGUGAUAAUGAUGUUGAUGAUAUUCCUGAAUACGAGAAUCACUCAUCUAUAAAAACUUCAGCAUCAAGCAGCCACAGAAAUUCAGCUUCACCGAUGCCGAUUUUGCCAGAUGAUUUGGCUUUAAAACUUUCAGAAGCUCUUAAAGCCAGAGAAAUUGCAUUGAAACAAAAAUCUACAACCAGCAACAAAUCAAUAGAAAAUCCAAGUUCAAAACCAUAUAUUUCUCCUCCUGAAAGUGAUAAUGAAGCUAAUGAUCAACCAUUUUAUGGUAACAUUGAUGAAACUGCUUCGCAAUCUUCAGCGUCUAGUUAUUCAAGGAAAGAAACUAAUCUAAAAGCUGAAGAGAAGGUAGAUGAUGAUGAAAUUGAUGAAAGUGACCAACCAAUUUACGGAAAUAUUGAUGAUGAAGCAGAAGUUCCUGAAGAAGAAGAAGAAGAAGUUCGUGAAGAAGAAAUUAUUGAAGAUGAACCGACAGACAAAAUUAAUAUUGAAGAAGCGGAGGAGGCAGAGGAACAAGAAGAAUAUAUUGAUUCAAUAUUUAAUAUUAAUAACGAAAAAUUCUACAGGAACACUGAUAGGAAGGGAGCAAAACAAUUGUUACGUAAUUUAGGAGAUGGAGCAUUUCUAUUUCGACCAAGUCGAAAAUAUUUUCUUGUAUUAACUAUAAAAAGUAAUGGAAAAUUUUAUAAUUUGGGAAUAGAACGUACUACAACCAACAGGAUUCGACUAAAUGCUGAUUCAAGCAGUGUUUCUCCAGAGUUUGGAACCUUGCGAGCUUUCGUGAAUUAUUUCAAAAAAGAAGCACUUACUUUUAGAGAUGGGGAGAAUUUAGUAGAGAUUUGUUUGAAAUCCAUAUUGCCAGAUGAUUUAUUUUAAUAUUUAA